AUGGGCAUCGCCAAGCGUCUAUAUGAGAUCUACGGCCCCGUUGCUCCUACUGGCUCCGUGCCGAGGACGAAGACAUCCCCUUGCUCCAUGACAUUUUCGGGCAAGGCAUCUCCAGCAACCGCAUCAUUGCUGCGUACGGCCAAUACCUUGGUGUCAGCCCUCUCGAUCACCAAGCGUCCUGCCUACGAUGUCUUAACAACGACCUCUGCGCCUUCGGCUCCUGCCGCCUAA